GUGCGAGCGCCGCCGAGUUGGCGGAGAGGCGCGCCGAGCUCCAGGGAUUCACGGCAGCGCCAGCAGACUUGCAGGCGAGGUUCGCCCCGGCGAUCGAGGUCGACAAGUCUAGCGGCGAGGAGGUCGAUGCCGACGCCUUUCGCGAGGGGACCGCGGAGGAAGCUACACUAUGGGAUGAAGUGCCUGACACCGAGACUGGCAGCGUGACCUUAGUGGAAAAGCACCAGCUCCUGGAGGUUGCGCGCAAGAGGAAGCACGACGAGCUCGCCGCUCUGGAGGAGGAUGCGAAGAGCAUCAUCAAGAUGAAGCAGGAUAUCCAGCAGGAGAAGGAGAAACUGGAGCAGGAAAAGCAAGAGGCCGAGAGCGAGCUGCAGAUGAUCCUGGAGAAGAAGAGAGCAGAGAUCGAGGAUGCAGAUUUGCCAGAGGAUCGCAAGGCGACGCUUCGGGAAAGGGUGAAAGCCAAAGAGAAGAUCUUCGAUGAGACGCAGCAGCUGAUUAAGGUCAGGGACGAGAUCAAGGCAGACGUCGAGAACGCCAAGAACUCGUUGAACAACUUGACAGAGGAGUUCACGAAGCAGUUCGAUAUCGAGCAGGAGAGGAAGAGCAUGGCCCUUCAGGAGCAAGCCGACCUAGAAGCGAAGAUUGAAGAUUGGAAGGAGGAGUCUCGGCUCAUCGGCGAAUGGGUUACAUCGAAGAAGAAGGCCGCGGAGGACGCGUUCGACGCAUACGCGAGGGAGAUUGAGGGGCAGAAGGCGAAGAUCAAGAGCGAUUUGGACAAGCAGAAGUCCGAGGCGGCGAAGGUGAAUGCCGACCUCGACAUGGAGAUAACGCAGGCGAAGGAAGGCUGGGCGAAGGAGAAGAAGUACCUCGAUGAGCAGCUCAAGCAGCAGCGUCUUGCUUUGGCGGAGAGCGAACGCCAGACUGGCGUCGCGGACGCCCUCAGGGAGGAGGCCGAGGGGAAACGCAAGGCGGCGGAGAAGUGGGCAGAGGAGGCGGAGCAGUUCGGGCGCACGAGGCCACCGAGGAGGAGCACCACCGAACUUGCAUUCGACGGAUGCCGAAGCGAGACGCAGCUGGCACUGGCCCAGGGCAUGCACAGCCCGACGGAGAGCGCGAGCCUGGUCGACAGCCACCCUGGUUUCGCGCAGCCGAGUGGCGCGCCCGACGCCCUGGCCGAGGCGCGCGCCAAGCUGUCCGCGGCGGGCGCGAGGCUGAGUGCGGUGACGGGCUCCGAGGGCGAGUUUCCUCGAGCGGGGGCGAUGGCGGCAGGGGCUGGUGCGCCUUCGACGCCGUUCACGCCCGUUGGCGGCCAGCCGAAGGAUGCCGUGGAAUCCACCCCCGACAAGUUCACCAAGGCGAUUCAGGGCUUGCAGAAGAUGGUCGACAUGUCGGACAAGUCGAGGCUGCUGGGCCCUCCCUCAGGACUGGCCGACGCGGCGGCGAAGGACUGGAGGCGGACAGGUGCGCGCCACAAAGUAGGGGACGAUGCCCUGAAGGCGUACAUGGACAGCGGCUACACGGAGCACUUCGACAUGAGGUGGGACCUCGCGUCGCAGAAGGAUUCGCUGAAGAAGGAAUGGGCGGAGAAGCAGAUCAAGGGUCUCAUCCAGGAGUCCAAGACGAUGAUCCAGGAGACCGAGGACGAGUUCCUCAGCAGGAGGAAGCCCGUCACGUUCUUGAGGGUGCUGUACGAGGCAUGCCCUCAGUGCCUGGAUUUGGGCUGGCCGCAUGCGCGCCUGGACGAGCGCACGGGCAUCAUGAAAUACAUGCACUUCCAGCAGAAGUACAAGGCGCCCUUCAGGGAGAAGUGGGCCUUGACGAAGCAGCAGACGACGAGUCCUUCAGCUCCUGCGGCUGCAGCCUCUGCGCCGCCCACGCCUGACGCUCGCGCGCGGCCAGUGCCGAAGCCGAGGAGUGAGAGCCAGGAGGCGCUGCAGAACGCAGCCAAGCUGGUCGAAGACAUCAAGGAGAAACAGACGAACGCGAAGGCGAUCCUCAAGUCCAUCGACGAGGACGAUGACUGGACAUGGGCGAGGACGGAGCAGACCAGAGGCGGCCUGUCGAAGUUGCUCGAUAAACUCGACGCAGCGCUGCGCGGCAUGGAGCUCGCGGACCUGCUGAUGCGCGGCACGGGGAUCCCUGAG